UGUAUCGUGGAAAUGCUGCUUCCAAUCAGAAUUUGGAAGUUUUUUCCAUAUUGAUUAGUUAUGUCGCUUUUGUUGUUUACUCGCUACAUUUUUUUGGCCAGUUAACUUGUGUGUGUUUUGUGUGCGCUUUUUCCCACAAAUACGCGGCAAAAAAAAAAUUAAAAACAACAAUCGAAAAAAAAAUCCAAAGCGCAUAAAUAUAUAAAUAAAUCGUAUAAUUUGGCAAGAGCGAAAGACAAGCAAUCCGAAAAACGAGGAAAAAACGCAAAAAAGGGAAACGCCAGCAAAACAAAAUACAAAAAAAUUGACGAAAGUAAAUCGAAUUAGAAAGCGGCUGAUUGGCGGUGGAGGAGUUGAAGGCGAAGGAGUGCAAGAGAGGGAGAGGGAGAGGGACAGCGAGCUAGUGCGAGAAGAAGCAGCACUCGUGCAAUCGAUAGGCGCAACCCAAAAUCGCGACCCAGCGAUCACACAAACCCUCGAUGUCCGCGGGCGUCGGCGGCGGCGGAGGCAGCAUAACGACAGAUCAUCACAGCCGCUUAUAUUUCCUCAAUUCGCCAACAACAACGCCGCUGAGCGGUCGCGAUCCGUUCUUCAUCAAACCGGAAUACCUCAACUAUGAGAAUCCCAUGCACCAUUUGUAUCCGAGCAAUCGGGGACUUAUAGAAUAUAACAAUUAUACGACAACAGUUGCGGCCGCUGCUGCUGCCUCAGCGAGUACAGGCGUCGCUGCUGCUGCCGCUGCCGCCGCUGCAGCCGCUGCUGCCGUUAGUAGCAGUAACAGUGCCAGCAACAACAACAACAAUAGUAGUAGUAGUAACAGUAACAAUAACAAUAAUAACAGCAGUAGUAACAACAAUAAUAAUAAUAACAGCAGCAGUACUGCUAAUAACAGCAGCAACAACAACAACAACAGCAGUAGCAAUAACAGCAACAAUAACAGUGAGAACUUCCAGCCACAACAACAACAACAUCAUCAUCCGCAGCAUACGCAGCAUCCGCAUCAACAUCCGCAGCAGCAGCAGCAACACCAACAACAUCAGCAGCAGCAGCAUUCACAACAACAACAACAGCAACAACAACAACAGCAUCCCCUGCAUCAUCAUUUGUCCAGCGGCAUCGUUGUCACCGGCGUCGCACUUGGCCAUCAAUCGUCGCGUGCCCAGAAAGCAGCGAGACGACGCAGCAACGAAUCUGUCGAGGCACGCGAACGUCGCUUGGAACGGAACGCGGCGAGAAUGCGGGACAAGCGUUCGAAGGAAUCCGAGGCGGAGUAUCGAUUGCGUUUGGCAAAAAAUGCGGAGGCGAAUCGCGUGCGACGCCAAAACGAAAACGAAGUACAAAGAACCCUAAGACUGAUGAAGAAUGCGGCCAGGCAGCGUUUGCGACGCGCCAGCGAAUCGAGCGAUGAGCGUAAAAAGCGUUUGGCCAAAGCAGCCGAAAGGAUGCGUGUGGCGCGUGCUUCGGCGCCCAAGGUCAUUAAGCCGCCGCUUGAGGAUCGCCUAAAGGGCUACUAAAAGUCUCUGUAUGGGGACGAGAGAGAGCGAGAGCGAGAUGGAGCGAGCGCACUGGAGCUGGCUCCAGCAAGUUGAGCUGAGGUCAGACAGAGACAACACCAACAGCAGCACACUACACUAUACACCUACACAAACACACACCCUCACCCUCACACACAGAGAAGGAGAGUAGCCAGCUAACAGCUAAUCAGACAGAAUCUAAUCAGAACCCAGGAAACACAAACCACAGAGAAGAAGAAGAAGAAGAAGGAGCUGCAGCAAUUGAAGAAGAGCAAGCAGAGCAAGGCAUGCACAUGUGUAUGUGUGAGCGCCAGGAGCAACGUCAUCAACGUCGUCGUUUUAGACAGCAACAAAACAAAAAACAAAAUUAUUAAAAAAUAAAAAAAAAAGAAAUGAGCUAAGAAGCAGCAAAAAGAAAGAUAGAAAGCAAAACAUAUAAAUAAUAUAUAUUGUAUACAUAAAGAAGAAAGAAACAUACAACAUUUACAUAGGAGCUAGAGCAAGAAGAAGAGCGAGCCGCAGCAGAAUAAGAUGUUAAGCUAGAGCGAAAGAAGAGCGAUCAAAAGCUUAGGCAAGGAAGUGGAUGCGGAAGUGAGAUAGGCAGGCAGAGUUGCCAGAUCGGCUGCAAGCUACAUAUAUACAUAAUGCAAAGAUGAAAGAGAGAGAACGGAAAGUAAAUCAAGAAAUGGCAAUUUUUUUUUUAAUUUUUUGGAUAUACAUAAUAUACAAUAUGUAGAAAGAAAGAAAGAAAAAAGUGUCGGUAAAUCUUUUUAAGUUAUAAUUAAAAAAAAAAAAAGAAAUGAAGAAAAACGAAACAAAACAAAACAAAAAAAAAAGAAAUAAGCAGAAGAUGAAAGAAAAGUAUUUUUAUAAUGCAUGCAUUAUAUUCUUACACACAUAUACAUAUACAUAUAUAUAAAAAUAUAUAUAGUAUAUAUAGUUAUAUAUACAAAAUACACUCACACAUAUAUAUAAAUAUAUAGAGAUACACACACACACACACAGACACAGCAGAACGCCUAGAAAAUAGUCAUGUGUGAAUGUAUGCACGUCACUCAAAGCACUCACACACACACACACGCAGACAGACAUAUGAGCGAGACACAUACGCGCCAGAGUGAGAUGGAGCGAGUGCGCCAAAUUCCCCAUCCUUCCCCCACACCAAUCUACUUCUCAUCAAACAAAAAAAAGCAAUGCAAAAGAAAGUCAACUUCAUCCCCACACAGACACUAACACACACAUGCUCAUGUGUGAGUGUGUAUGUGCCCACAUAUGUGUGUGUGCUCCACCACACAAAAGGGUGGCUCACAACCAACACAGCAGCAGCAACAACAACAAUUUGCGACCACAACAAAAAUUGGCCGGUCCAAUUGCCAGAUUCUCUAACUGCAUUUUGCAUGCUUCCAAUAAGCGCAACAACAACAACAAACUUCUCCGUUAGCUGCAACAGGUGCGACAUCUUGCGGUCAAUCGCGCAAGCUGUCAGUUUGCCAGGCAAAUAUCAAAUUCAAUACGAAUUGCAGUUGGUUAUCCUUCUCCCCUACACCCAACAACAAAAAAAAAAAAAAACAAAAA